UUGGAGAUAUCCGAUAUCGAUCUUUGUUAAUUAUGAUGACUUUUGGUAAUAGUUCAAAUAAUUCAAAAUGCUUAUAAAGGAAAAUCUGAACAGGUAACUAUUCUGGAUUUUUACAUCGACGUUUCCAUUAGUGACUCUUGUUACCAUGACUAACUCAACACUGGACCAGAGCACUGGUUUUCCUGUUAUUGUAAUAGUGUUUAUUGUUUUGCAACAACUAGUAUUCAUUACUGCUCUUUUUGGCAACAGUCUUGUCAUAUUUAUAUUCAUCCGUAAACUUAAACUAAAAACCAAUACAAACAAGUUUGUGGUGAAUUUAGCAGUUGCCGACAUGUGUACUGGAAUAGUAGCAGGAAUACAAAUAUUUUAUUUUAUGUAUCCAAGUAUCUCAAAUAACAUGACAGUUUGUUUUCUUCGAUACCUGCUAAUCAGUUACACGACACUGGUAUCCCAAUUGACAGUCUUGUUCGCAGUGUUAGACAGAUACAUUGCAAUAUGUCAUCCGCAUCACUACGCAAAAAUUUUGACAACGAAUGCAACAAUUAUUUUGUCUCUAUUUCCAUGGAUAUUCUGUUUAUUUUUUGUUGCUCUCCCUUUCAUGGGUUUGCACGUUUGGAGCCCUGGUUUUCCAUGUGAAUACUUAUUUUUAUUUCGUAGGGGUUUCUACUUGGCAUCGUCACUUGUUAUGUAUAGUUUUAGCAUGAUAACCUUUGUAAUGUAUAUUUUGAUACUAAAAGCGGCUUGGCGGUUUUAUUCUAGAGUCGCACCAGUAAGUGGUGGUUCUAUAAAUAAUCAACAAACAGCGAAAUCUAGGACAAUGGAUCGUGAUGUGCGGAGUGCAAAAGUUACAGGUAUCGUAACGUUGGCAUUUUCGUUUUGUUGGCUGCCAUUUACGUCGUUUCAAUUCCGGAAAGGGAUCGGAAUUGAUCAAAUCACGAUGACAGAAUUUACCGUUAUGAACUGGUUAGUGUUUCUUGGCCUAUUAAACAGUUUAAUAAAUCCAUUUAUUUAUGCCUGGAAACGUCGGGACUUUACAAAAGAAUGUACCAAAAUGUUUAGGUGCUUUAAAAGUAAUAAUCAGCAAGAAACAGUUACACAGGCUACUUCCCCGCCUUAACAAAAAACAUCCGCUAGGUUUUAGAAAGAAAGUAGUUCAUUUUAUCAAUAUGAGUUUGAAGUGUAAUUGUAAUUGUGAAAAUAAUGUAUCUAAGAGUCACUGAAUACAAUUAGUGUGCUCGCUUUUAAAUACUUAUAUAUGUCAUAACUACCUUAACUGGCGAAAAAGCCCUUGCACGGUCGGAAUUGAUAAUUGACAUCCUUUUUCGACUCCAUCUUCAGCGAAACAGUUUGAUAAAAGUGUAAUAUGUACAAUAUAAAAACUAUUUCUAUGAUUUGUUAAAUUUUAAAGCAUUGACUCCAUUGCAAAACAUUGGAAAGGACACAUCGUAACAAUUGUGUGAGCUGCAUGUGAAGGUCGAAUUUGCAUAUCUUUUUAUUUUUAAAAUAAUGUAACGACUUAAGAACUCUAUAGCGGAUUCCUAGACAUUUAGAUUGACGGAGAUUAUGUUUAGGUUGAAAAAAUAACGACUUCUAAUUAUUUUGGUUUACAACCUCUUUAAUAUUAUUUUCUAUGGGUGAUAAUAUAAAAAUGUAUGUU